AGCUCACGUCAUCGUCAUUCCGGAGCCGGAAUAUACAGUGGAACCCCCCUACCCCCCAAACGCUUGUACUUCCUGAGAUUUAAAUGUAAACAGGAAGUCUGGGACGCUUAGAAGUCAGGAUGUCGACCCACAUGUCGGAAACGCGACUUUGGCGUCGUCCUCUCACGCGCUGAUGUCGGCAUCGUUUUCGACAGCUUGCGUGUGUGCCAUGUGCCUCCAUAAUCUGUAACGAAUGGGGGUGGGAGGGGGGUGUCGGCAUUUCAGCAGGAAGCGCACAGGGGCCGGUGUCAUGCGGAGAAACAUCUGGUUUUAGGCCUCAAAGUGUGUGUGUGUGUGUGUGUGCAUGUGGUUCUUGAGGCCUGACGCUAAAAUGCUAACGCUGCCCGUGUAGUCAGCACUUUUCAACGGAACACGCCCUGACCGCUUUCAUUCAAGUCAAAGGUCACCCAUUUUCGACGGAAAUAAAAAAAAAAAAAAUGCCCGAAAUGUCGCCCUGUCGCCCUGAAAUUUGAGUGACGUCUGUGCACAAAAAUUGAAGAGAUUUAAAAUGAUGACAGGCUGAAACAAUCGUUUACAGUGCGGCUGUUGGGGGUAAUUUUAGAUCCGGUUGUUGAGUCAAGGAAAACGGAUAUACUGUACGUAGAGUUGGUCAAAAAAGUAGUCAUUCUUUGCGGAGGAUAAGCGAUAUAUAAUCUGAGAGUCUUGUUCUAUUGUCUGCCUGACAUGUGUGGCUCCCCAACAUACUAUUUGUGUCCAAAAAAAUCAACAGUACAGCAAAGUUAGCGGUCUCGAAUCUUUGUUCUCCUCCAGUCCUUGCGAUCAACCUUGACUAACGUUGCUCGAUAUUUUUCAUGUCGUUCACGCCAGCGGGUGUCCGCCUUGACGUCUUAAAACACGACUCCAAAGAAUGUGCUCGCGCGCCGGCAUCACAUGGUCCCCCUCCGCGCUAAAUCGCAUCCUGCCCCCUCCCACCCCCGCUCCCGCCGGGCAUUCCGCGGCGGAAUGCUUGCCGAGGAGACGCUUUUAUUCCUCCACGUGCGUUGUUGACGAUCACGGAUAAUGUGGGAAUGCUGAAAAACUCUUGAUACUGUGAAAUGAUCUUUCCCAUUUUCCCCCUCGCUCUAAUUCAUUUUUUUUGCAACCCGGUUUGCUUUUUUUUUGGUCUGUUAAUUCUGUCUUGGGAUGUUUAUAUGCCAAUCAUUACACAUUGUAAAUAAAGUGUUCCCGCAUAUUCCUAAAUCGCUGAGGAAAUCUUCUUAUCUUCUAAUCUUCCUAUUCAAACCACCCCUGUGAUGUGCUGAAAAACUCAUCAAUUCGCUAUGUAUGCUAUGAGGCCAUAGCCGUGUCUAAUAAAGUAUUGCUUUGUUGUCAUCUGACAUCUAUAGAGCUUGUGCACCUACGUCAUAAAAUCAUGUGACUUUUGUUUACGUCGCCAUAGUCUGGUCUAACGUCGGUUCCAGACGACACGGAAAUAUGUCUUGGAGCACGACGCCCAGAGUCUUGUCCGAUACCGUCAGACAUUUAGAAGGUGAACAUAAACAACGCUACGUGGGAAAAUGAGAUAAAGCCGUAUUUAAUGCCAAAGUCGAUGUUUUCGCCGAUAAGAAAUUGGACUGGUCUUGGACAACUGGAUGUACACAUGGAUCUGCUCACGGCCAUAUUUGCUUUCGGAAGCUGUGGCGGUUUCGUGGCCAAGAACAUCGUUUCCAUCUUCUGCGGCGAUGGCAGGAACGAGACGCUCACCGCCAGCUUCCACUACCCAUUUAGGUUAAGCGAAGUGCCGCUCAUCGACGGAAACGCCACGAUAUGCAACCGUUCCGUGGGCCCAACGCACCUGAUGGGAGACUCGUCCUCCGCCGCUGAGUUCUUCGUGGGCGUCGCCAUCGUCUGCUUCCUGUACAGCAUGGCCGCCCUUUUGGUUUACCUGGGCUACAUGCACGUUUACAAGAACUCGGACUUUGGACCCAUUUUGGACUUUGUGAUCACGGCGGUCAUCGUGUUCCUGUGGCUGGUGUGUUCGUCGGCCUGGGCCAAAGGUCUGCAGAACGUGAAGGACGCCACGGACACCGAGGGCAUCGGCGCCACCGUCGCCCUCUGCAAGGGCGGCAACAUCACCUGCGAGGUCACAGAGUACGCCAACCUGCGCACGCUCAACAUCUCCGUGGUGUUUGGCUACCUCAACAUGUUCGUAUGGGCCGGCAACGCCUGGUUCGUGUACAAGGAGACCCGCUGGCACUCGCAGAAAAUCUCGACCCAACCGGGACCGGGGAGGCAGCAGGUUCCGGCGGCCAUCUAACACGCAAGAACAAACACCGUUUAAAAAAAAAAAAAAACAAAAAAAAAACACCUCGUUGUAUUGGAAAAUGUAUGUUUUGUACCCCCCAAAAAUCCCCCUUUUGCUGAUGUACUGAUACAUUUAGAAUAUCAAAUUUCUACUUUGUUUCAACAAAAAUGAGUUUUUUGUGUAGUUUGACCCAAAAAAAAAUAAUAAUUCAGGGUACUGGUAUUAUCCCUUGGCUUGUUCUCACAGAGGGAAAUUCAUAUUAUGCCACUUAUGUCCUCAUCAUUUAAUUACAUGCUGAAUAUUACUGGCGGCACUGUGCAUCAGCUGGUAAAGCGGUGGCCUCACAGUACAGAGGGCCCGGGUUCAAUCCCGGACCCGCCUGUGUGGAGUUUGCAUGUUCUCCUCCCGCAUCCCAAAAACAUGCAACAUUUAUUGGACACUCUAAAUUGCCCGUAGGUGUGAUUGUGAGUGCGGCUGUUUGUCUCUAUGUGCCCUGCGAUUGGCCAGCGACCAGUUCAGGGGGUACCCCGCCUCCUGCCCGUUGACUGUCGGGAUAGGCUCCAGCACUCCCCGUGACCCUCGUGAGGAUAAGCGGCAAAGAAAAUACAUGAAUGGAUGAAUAUUAUUGUGUAUUUUUUUUUCAGAAAAAAAAAAGACUCAAUGUGAGCUCAGGUUGCUUUUUUCUGUCUUUGUUCACGAAGAACAUUAAUGAGGUUCUCCUGGCUUUUGGAAUAAAUUGAUUCGAUUAUUAA